AUGGUCCCUCGCUCCCAGUCCUCCGCCGCAGGCCUGCUCGCACUGCUCUCAGAACCAGAGCCUCUGCUCAAGCAGCAUGCGCUCAAGAGGCUUACUGCGCUGGUACCCCAAUUUUGGGCGGAGAUAUCUGAACACAUUGCUCUCAUAGAAUCACUAUAUGAGAGCGAGGAACUUCCGAAGGAGGCACAUGACGCGGCGGCGCUUUUGGCGAGCAAGGUAUAUUACUACCUCGGGGAAUACGAUGAGACAUUGUCCUUCGCUCUUGGUGCGGGAAGCGCGUUUGAGGCGGAAAGUCGCGCCCCAGGUUCUGAAGAAUAUGUCGAAACAGUUAUUUCGAAAGCGAUUGAUCGGUAUAUUAAAGCCCGGACGGACGAGCAGGCAGGAGGGAGGAAGAUUGAUCCCAAGUUACAGAAUAUCAUCGAGGGUAUCUUCAGACGCUGCAUCGCAGAUGGGGAAUACAAGCAAGCAAUAGGCAUCGCGCUCGAGUCGCACCGCCUUGAUGUCAUCACGCAAAUAUAUGAGUCCACAGAAGAUGUCAGCCUACUUUCAUACACCAUGGAUGCCGUCCUCGACACCGCGUUCCCGCUUGUUUACCGCGACGAGGUGCUGCAAUUCCUUCUUCCUCUAUUUCCUGCUCCUACAAGCGAGAACAAGUCUCCCCAUGUGUCGUCUGUCACGCGCCUGCUGGUCUCACUUAGUUCGGCAGAGCUGACGGUCCCUUUCCUAACGUCACUGGUACCGAAAGAGCACCUGCUGGCGUAUCAAGUCGCAUUUGACCUGGUAGAGGGUGGUGCGCAGGAUUAUUUGGAGAGCGUACGAAAGGAUCUCCCUGAAGGUCAAGGCGAUAUCAAGGCGAUUUACGACAAGCUACGAAGAAUUUUGCUUGGGCAGGAGUCCAUCAAGCUGUAUCUGGAAUUCUUGAAGCGCAACAACAAGGUCGACAUGUUGAUUCUAAAGAAUACUAAGGAUUCUUUGGAACCUCGCUCAUCAAUAUAUCAUGUUGCGCUCAGUCUACAAAACGCCUUCAUGCAUUCUGGAACGACAUCUGAUGUGUUCUUACGAGAAAACCUUGAGUGGCUCGGUCUCGCGAGCAAUUGGGCUAAGUUCUCUGCUACGGCAGCUCUUGGUGUCAUCCACAAAGGUCACUUUGAGGAGAGCAUGAAUAUUCUGGGGCCAUACUUACCUCAAGCUGGUGGUGGAGACAGCGGUAUUCCGGGCGCGGCUUAUUCGGAGGGAGGUUCGCUGUAUGCUCUUGGUUUAGUGAAUGCCGGUUGCGGGAGCGGUCGACAUGUAGAGGAAUAUCUGCGCAAUACCCUCAAGGAAGCUCAAAGCGAGGUAGUGCAGCAUGGCGCGGCGCUCGGACUGGGUGUGGCCGGUAUGGGCGGGAAGAACGCGGAAACGUACGAUGAGCUGAAGCAGACGUUGUUCACGGACUCGGCCAUCGCGGGCGAGGCGUCUGGCUAUGCGAUGGGCUUGAUCAUGCUCAGCACAGCGGACGUGACGGCAGCUGAUGAGAUGUUGCAGUAUGCGAGGGAGACGCAGCAUGAGAAGAUCAUCCGGGGUAUUGCGGUUGGUCUAGCUUUCAUCUAUUAUGGUAGGCAAGAGCAGGCAGAUGAGAUGAUCAAGACACUCCUAGCGGAGAAGGAGCCGAUUCUGCGGUAUGGUGGUGUCUACACUCUCGCGCUCGCAUAUGCUGGCACAUCCAACAAUGGCGCCAUCCGUCAGCUGCUGCAUAUCGCUGUCUCGGACACAUCAGAUGAUGUCCGGAGGGCGGCGGUCACAUCACUCGCGUUCCUGCUGUUCAAAAAUCCUGCACAAGUUCCGCGCAUCGUCCAGCUGCUGAGUGAGAGCUAUAAUCCGCACGUCCGAUGCGGUGCGACACUCGCGCUUGGCAUUGCUUGCGCGGGCACUGGCUUACAGGAUGCAGUGGAUAUUCUAGAGCCGAUGACCAAAGACAGUGUCGACUUCGUUCGACAGGGUGCCUUCGUCGCUCUUGGGAUGAUCCUUGUCGAGCAGUCGGAGGUGUCAGCGCCAUCUCUCGCUUCUACUCGCGCAUUGUAUGCGAAGAUUGUCGCGGACAAGCACGAAGACCCUAUGGCGCGCUUCGGUGCAGCAUUAGGGCAAGGAUUUAUUGAUGCUGGCGGUCGCAACGUGACGAUUAGCUUGCAAAGUCGGGCUGGCAGCCGUAAUACCAACGCUAUCGUUGGCAUGGUCUUGUUCUGCCAGUUCUGGUACUGGUACCCGUUGGCACACUGUGCAUGCCUAGCAUUCGACCCUACGGCUAUCAUCGGUCUGGAUAGUACCCUGCAGGCGCCGAACUUUGAGUUUAUCUCGAACGCCAGACCAAGUCUGUUUGCGUACCCGGCACCAACGAAGCUCCCGAAGAAGGAGGCCGUGGCUAAAGUUGCUACAGCCGUUCUCUCGACGACUGCACGGGCGAAGGCCAGGGAGAAAAAGAAGGCCGCUGCUGAGGGGUUCGAUGCCAUGGAGACAGCGAAGAAGGAUGGCGAUGUGGAGAUGAAGACAGACGAAGCAUCUUCAUCUACACCGAAACGGAAGGAGCCAGCUUUAGAAAAGUUGUCGAACUUCUCUCGCGUAGUGCCGGCACAGAUACCGUACAUCAGCUUCCCUCUCGAUAAUCGGUACCAGCCAGUCAGGGCAGUGUCGACCAAACCACCACCGAGCUUGAAGGCUAACAGGCCGUCUUCACCGAAGUCAUCGUUGGUACCAGGCCUGACGUCUGAACGAUACGCUGGUGGCGGCGGCAUUCUGAUCCUGAUCGACCAACGUCCGGACGAGGAGCCAGACUACAUCGAGUUCGAGACACAGACAAUCAUCGCUGCAAAUCAGGCGGUGGCUGUUCCCGAUGACCGUCCCGCGCACGUUUCAGAGGGUCGUCACAUCUCGCUGGAUGAGACUGCUCCCGAGGCGGAACCACCGGAAUCGUUCGAGUACCCCUUCGACAACGACGUAUAA